AUGGCAGACUCAGGCGGCUGGACAUCAGCCCAGGAAAAUGACUUUCCCAAUUUUCAAUCGAAUGACAGCUUCAAUUUGAACGAAGUUACUGGCAUCGAUGAUCUUCUGACAAAUUGCGAGAGUGAAUUGCUGAAGAAUGAGCUUUUCAGCGAUGAGGCUUUACUUUCCGAAUUGGAUGAGCCAAUGCCAGUUGAUGGAGAUACAUUUAAUUUCUUAAAUAUUAAUAACGAUGAGUUUAAAGACUUUAAAGAUCCAGCAAUCCUUGAGCCAUCAAACUCAAAUGUUAUGGUGACACAACAGACUGAUAGCACUACACCUGUUGCUUAUAUUCAGCAGGACAUUACAUCGGUGCCACAGAAUAGACCACAGAGAAUAGUAGCUUCGACAAAGCCUACAGUAUUCAGCUCGCAGUACACUAUACCACAAAAUGUGAAUUUUAAUGUACAGUCGCCGAAUGUUGUAACCCUAGCUCCUGUUACUCAACAGCGACAGCUACUUCUUCCAGCAAAAUUAAUUAAGUCAGAAUCUCUCGUGUAUUCAAAGGGUGGACAAACCAUCACAUCGACUCCUGUUCCACACCAAAUACAUACUCUUGUGAAUACUACAAAUGGAACAGUGUUAACUACCGGAAUACCUGUAGUAUUGGACACUGACAAGGUACAAAUUAAUCGUCUAAACACAGGCACACAUGUAAGCGUACCAAGAGUAAGAGAAGUGAAACGCAGUGCCCACAAUGCUAUUGAGCGUCGUUAUAGGACGUCGAUCAAUGAUAAGAUAAUUGAAUUGAAAAACAUUGUAGUUGGAAUUGACGCCAAACUGAACAAGUCGGCAAUUUUACGAAAAACUAUCGACUACAUCAGGCAUCUGCAGAAUUACAGUGCAAAAUUAAAGGCUGAAAAUAUGGCGUUGAAGUUGUCUGCACAACGGCACAAUCUUCGUGAUUUGUACCAACAAAUCCAGUGUGGAGAGCUGACACCUCCACGCUCCGAUUCGAGCGAACCAUCUUUGUCACCCGCACCUGCGCCGCCAUCACCACCAUCCCCGUCAUCGGUAAAGGACGAUCCAGAUGCGUUGCAUAAUUUACACCCUGUAUCAACUUCGUCCAUUGGAGGCAUGAAAGAUCACACUCGACUGACAUUGUGCGGAUUUAUGCUAUUAUUUUUAGCAUUCAAUCCUCUUGGUAUCCUCAUGAACAAUAUUGGAAGAUUCAAUUAUGAUUAUGUGAAGACGAAACUGGAUGGACGAACGAUACUCAAUUAUCCAGAUCAGCUAGAAUCGGACAAGCAACCGUGGAGCAAUGUUGUCCUCUGGUUUACUAAUCUAAUACUCUUGGCAAUUUGUCUCUACAAACUGUUACUUUACGGUGAUCCCAUUUUGCCUACCGACAGCAAAAUCUUUCUCGAAAUACGUCGUUGGAGACGUCAGGCCGAAUUCAACAUAUCCAAACACGAAUGCAAUCAGGCAUAUCGAGAUUUACAUCAGUGCUUGCAAUAUUUCGGUCGAUCCUUCCCGUUAUCACGUACGGAGGUUUUUCUCGCAACUACGUGGCAAAUAGUGCGGCAAACUCUUCACAAAUUAUGGCUGGGUAGAUGGGUCAUGCACAUCAGCAAGUGGUUGUCGGAGAAAUCAGAACGGCAACAAGCGGAGACAUCCGCCGUGGAAAUUGCCAUAGUUUACCAGCAUAUGCUCUGUCUUCGUAUGUCUGAAGGAACUAAAGAUUCAACGUUAUAUCUUGCUCUUUGCGCCGUUAAUUACGCGGAAACUGCUGGCGAGAGUAUGCCAAAAUCAUUUUUGGCGGAGAUCUACAUGAACGUCGCACUGUGUCUGAAACAGUCCUUCUUUCCAUACAUACACAAAUAUUAUCUGGGUAAAGCACGCGUUUUGCUAUCUUCUUGCGCCGUUCCCCCGAAAUUGAAAUGGAUUAUGACCGACGAAGGCGCUAGGUUCUUGGUAUCUCAAAAGUGGCAGUACAAGAAACAGUCUGACAGCGAGUUCACAUCACAGAACAGUCGAGCGGAUCCGUUGUCAUACGCGGCUCGUGCGUACAGGCAUCAUUUGAUCAAGCAAUGUCUACGUUUAUUGACCGGCACGGUUGGAGAAUGUCAUGCAUCCUCUGUACUUGAAUUAGGACGGAUGAUUAUGGCUUCUGCGGAAGUGGAAGCCUGUUUCCCGUGUGCCGACAAAAUUAGUGUAGCAACAUGCGAAGAUGAGAUUGGAUUAUGGUGGGGAGCUGUAAUCUGCGCUGCCGCGAGUUGGAGAUUGGGAGAGGAAGAUUCAAAGGCAUGGAGUAUUGUGGAAAGUAAAUUUCCCUAUGAGAAGAACUUCCAAGUUGGCGACAACAGCAGUAGCAGUCCAUUACCCCAUGCUGUUCUUAGUGUUCUCCAGGUGGCAAAAAAUCCUACAAAGUUAGUUUCUAUGCGUUUCAUUGAUCAGGCGGGAUUACUACUCGAGCAAUCUAUGGUGUACUAUCAUUGCAAGGAGCAAUCUUCGCAGCAAGUCUUGCUUACUCAAUUAUUGGUUUGUGAUUGGCUUCUCGAGAUACGCACAAUUCUUUGGCAAGAAAUGGAUGCAGAGCCAGAAAGAUCGAUUGCAAGCGUGUCUCUUGCUGGAUUCCAGCGUGAUUUGGCGUGCUUGAGACAAUUGUGUCAGCACAUCCCGUCUGUAUUGGCACGAGUAUUUUUAUACGAGGCUACAGCACGUAUCAUGGCCGGAGCAACACCAGUUAAGACUCAGAUUUUACUGGAUCGAAGUCUGCAUCACAGAAAUUCGCGUUCUUCAAUUAUAUGUGGAAAGGACCGAUCACAGGAGCAGAAUAACAGUGAGAGGGAGCAUGCGGUCGCGUUAUGUCUGGCAUGCAGGCAUCUGCCGACAUUGCUGUUAGCUUCGCCGGGUGAACGGGCUGGAAUGCUUGCAGAAGCUGCCAAGACGCUCGAGCGAAUAGGGGAUAGGAAACGUCUUCAGGAAUGCUAUAAACUAAUGCGACAGCUAGGCUCUGCAAUUACUGUUAAUUAAUGCGUCACACACACACACACACACACACAAAUUUAUAUAUAAUAUUUUUAUGUUUUCGAACUUAUUGUCUGUAAGCGUUACAUAAUUAAGUUAUAUAUACUCAUUGAACUGUCGGCUUUAGAUACACUUUUCGGUUUGAUUUUUACAAAUGAUUAUUUUUUUUGUUAAACUAUUAUUAAAAUUUUUUUUUCUUAUAUUCAUGAUUACUGUCGCUCUUGGGUCAGAGUGUUGCACGUAUUACUUACGUCUAGCAGCCCGUCAAGACGCGAACAAGGAAGAAAUUAUGAACACGAAAGAGAUCGCGACAUAACUGGAAAGAGUUGUCUAAAUCCGAUUGUACUAAACAUUGUACUCAUUAUAUAUAUAGGACAUUUAUGCAAUAUUUAUUAUUGUGUAAUAUUAAACACAAUUUUUCGCGUUUAAGAAGCCGCAUUAUCGAAAUUGCUCCACCUGAUGAUUAAGAGACUUUUGAUCGCCAGUUCGGAUCUGGCAUUUAUUCUGAAACUGUAGGUUUAACUGAGUCCACUGUUGACAGUGGAUUGGAGCUUGUGUGAAAUUUCUCUCUGGUUUGCUCCGUUGCUGUUCAUUGCUCCAUACGCAUACAAGCUUAAAGAAUUUCUUACUCCAUUGAGAUAGCUAAAAUCUUAGCUAGUCUGGGUUACUGGCUUUUCUUCCUGCCGAAGUUUUUUAUUUGUAUGUGCUGAUCGGGCUAUCUUAAACUCGGGCGGACCCACGUGCUGAAUUCUCUCUCUGAGAUUGUUCUGGAUCGUCUACUGAAAUUGAAGAUUUACAUUAGACCUGUCCAAGUUAACCUCCGGAGCCAAAACGCAAAGCCAUCGAUGCAAAAAAAAUCAAUAUGAAUAAGAUUUCAGGAACGUAAAAUGUCGAUAUGUGUCUGAGUGAUCACGCUUAUCAACACUUUACAGUACCUAAAAUCUUACAUUGAAUUUUUUGGCGUCAAUGGCUUUGUGUUUUGGUUCUGGAGCUCAAAUUGGACAGGCUUGAUCUAUAUUAAUAGAAGAAUAGUGUUAAUGUUAUAUAUUAUGAGUAAUUUUAUA